GUCUUCCAGAGCUUCCGCAGCUUUUGUCAGCUCAGUUCAGAAUAACUUCUGAAUUUAUGGAGAACCUACCGGUUGACCUUUUAGGAUGGAAACCUGUGUCUUAACAUGGUAUCAGAGCCAAAUCGAUCCAUGGUGUGGGACUCCUUAUGAAGAAUGAUGACACGAUUAUAAAAUGGCCGGAUAAAAAAACCGGAUCGAUGAAAAAAAUGAAUGAUGACACGAUAUAGACGAAGUGUUUGGUCGUAAGGAGGGGUUUUGAAUGUCCCACACCGGAAACGUUUGGAUGAACAAAGUGUUAUAUUAACACAUGAGCUAGUACUUCUCUUAUCAGACUGACCUUUUAGGUGGAACCCGUGUCUUGACAAGUGCACAACUUUGUCGUUGAUUGAUCAGGGUAAUCGGCGUUUGGAAAUUGAAACUCUCCUACCAGGUUGGAAAUGACACACAAACGGCUAAGAACCACCAAGACAGUACGUGCCUCAAGUUGUCAAUCGAAUUCAGGGCCUCCACAACACAUUCAAAAUAAGGAACAAUCAAUUUCUCACUUCCAAAAUAAGGAACAACCAGUUUCAUCACUGAAUAAUGUUCAUCCUCUCAAUGAAGAAGUGGAGCAAGUCACCGUUCCACCAAAGGCUAAAAAGCUUCAAGGUUACACACGUAUAGCUGAGAUAUGGGAUUUGAACAAAGAGGAACAAGUGAUAGUUGACGUGAAUGCUCACCAUAUACCAAUAGGUGAUUCAGCUGCAAAGCUAACAAGAUUCAUUGGUACCAUGGUUAGAAUGUUUGAUUUUGCUCCCUUGAAUUACACAACUUGGUCUCAACUUCCAAUUAGAAAGAAGGAAGAAAUGUGGGUGACUGUGAAGUCUAGGAGAAGUUUCAAUUUAAAACAUUGGACGGAAAAGUGGUUAUAGAUGGAGAGCCAUUUAAAUGUAUAAAAGUGUGGGCACUUGGCAACAUGAAUGCUAAGUGGAGGUACUGGAAAUGGAAGAAAAUGAUUUAUAAAUGUCCCCUUUGAUCAAGGGACAUUCCAGUUCUUGCACAAAAAUUGUUUGAGCAGGUAUUAUACUUCUUAGCAAAAGAAAACGUAACAUCUUUUGGACAACAAGUUGAACUUUGGAUUUGUCAUUCAAAUCAAUUAUUAGAUGAAAUUUGGAUUUAUUAAUAUUUAGUAAUGAAGCUUAUUUUGGUUAUUACUACUGGAUGAUUAUUAUAUUUGUUACAUAUGAAUGUAAAGACUUUACAUAUAAAGACUUUUACUAGAAAUUUGGAUUUAUAACUUUGGAUUUGUUACUACUUGGUGAUUAUUAUCAAGUUUAUAAAAGACUUUCAUUAGAAAUUU